AUGCUCUUAUCUCUUGUCGUUUAUCUGAACAAGAUCUGCAGGUUUUUCUCCAUGUUCAGUUCCGACAGACUUACAGUUCCAGAAUAUGUUAGUCGCCUUCAGAGCCGGAAAACGGGCUCUGACCCUAGAGCUGUAUCGCCGGGUAUCAAUGCUGACGUUCAGGCCGUCUUGGACACCUCGCUUCCUGCUCUGCGGUCCGCAAUCAAAACACUGAAGUCAGCAAAGGACACUGCAGACUUGGAAGAAACACGUCGGGCCAUUGCUGAAAUCUUCCAACUGGUCGAGGAGGCAUGGGUUUUACCUACUUUGGGUCGCCAAGUUGCAGAGGAGAUAUGCAACAGAAUGCGACUAGACGGUGGUCUCGAGCUACUCUUGCAGCUGCUACAGACACCUGCUGUGGAAAUCACUUACGAGUCGGCAAAGCUGCUUGAGCAGAUACUGGUGGCAGAGAACAGAGACUAUGUGGCACGUAUGGGUCUGGGUGUCAUCCUGAACCUGACCAGGCAACAGGACGAUGCCCAGCUAGCACGAAGUGUGUCUGGCAUUCUCGAGCACAUGUUUAAACACACCGAGGAGACGUCGGCCCAACUCAUUACCAACGGGGCACUGGACGCCCUGCUCUUCUGGUGCAGGGGCACUGAUCCGACCGUGCUACGCCACUGCGCUCUGGCGCUCGCCAACUGCGCCAUGUACGGCGGGCACCGGUGUCAGCGGCUGAUGAUCGAGAAGCAGGCUGCAGAAUGGCUCUUCCCUCUGGCCUUCUCGAAGGAGGACGAACUCAUCCGUUUCCACGCUUGUCUCGCGGUUGCGGUACUCGCAGCUAACCGGGAGAUCGAGAAGGAAGUGGUGGACUCGGGAACACUUGAGUUGGUGGAACCCUUCAUCGCCUCGCUGGAUCCAGAUGAGUUCGCCCGUAACUUGCUGGAUCGCGCGGACAGCAUGCAGGGCCGCACUGCUGCAGAUCUCCAGCACCUGCUUCCCCUGUUGGAUGGCACGCGGCUGGAGGGCAAAUGCAUCGCUGCCUUCUACCUCUGUGUGGAGAGCAGUAUCAAAUCCCGCCAGCGCAACACAAAGAUAUUCCAAGAGAUUGGAGCAGUGGAGAGUCUAAAGAGGAUCGUCAUGUACUCUAACAAUGGCACCACUCUGCUGCUUGCCAAGCGGGCCCUGAGCAUGAUGGGAGAAGAUGUUCCACGUCGUAUCCUGUCCUGUGUACCCAACUGGAAAAUCGGCGAGGUACAGAGGUGGCUGCAGCAGAUCGGCUUCAGUGCGUUUUGCGAACGUUUCCAGGAGCUGCAUAUAGAUGGCGAUCUGCUGCUGAAUAUUACAGAACAUGACCUGUGCAAUGACCUGGGGAUGACUGCAGGGCUCACUCGUAAAAGGUUUCUCAGGGACUUACGAGUCCUCAAGACCUAUGCCAACUACUCAACCUGUGACCCCAACAACUUGGCCGACUGGCUGGCUAGUGUGGACCCGCGGUUCCGCCAGUACACCUACAGUAUGGUCCAGUCUGGAGUGGAUCUUCACAACAUCCAGCAUGUAAGUGACCAUCAGCUGCAUUCCGACUGUCACGUGGAGAAUGGGAUCCACCGGGCAAAGAUCCUGUCUGCUGCCCGCCGUCCCUCCAGGCCCUGUAGCAUAGACGCGCAGCCCUCAGGACCAGACGUGUUCAUUAGCUACAGACGCACCACAGGUUCCCAGCUGGCCAGCCUGCUGAAGGUGCACCUGCAGGUGCGUGGCUUCAGCGUCUUCAUCGAUGUAGAGAAGCUUGAGGCCGGCAAGUUUGAAGAGAAGCUGAUUCAGAGCGUCCAACGAGCUCGCAACUUCAUCCUGGUCCUGUCUGCCAACGCUCUGGACAAAUGCAUGGAAGAUGUAGGCAUGAAGGACUGGGUGCAUAAGGAAAUUGUCACGGCUCUGAAGGGGCAGAAGAACAUCGUCCCUGUGACUGAUAAUUUUGUGUGGCCUGAUCCAAACUCUUUGCCUGAUGACAUGCGUUCGAUUCUCAACUUCAAUGGCAUCAAGUGGUCACAUGAAUACCAGGAAGCCUCAAUUGAGAAGAUCCUACGCUUUCUGAAGGGAUUCCCCAGUCAAGAUCAACCUGACUGUUCAAAGACCACCCAGACUCCCAAAGAGGAAUAG